AUGUUCCGAAAAGUUCUCAGGCUGACUGCUCACGCGCACACACGUAUAUCUGCAGAUCACGCAGAUUUAAACUUCAUCUGCUGCUCCCGUUUCAUUAUUUGCCGCUCAAACGACCCCAUGUUAGCUAGAGGUCGGCUUGUGGGCUCUUACUCCCGUCUCUUCGCGCGCUAUUAUACUAGCACGCCGGAAGAGGCGCUCAUUACGCAAAAGCUAACCGACGCGCUUGCGCCGGGGUAUGUGAAAGUCACUGAUGUGAGCGGGGGUUGUGGUUCGAUGUUCACGAUCGAUAUCCGGAGCACACACUUCAAGGGCAAGAGCAUGGUGCAGCAGCACAAGCUCGUCAACCGCGUGCUUGCGGACGACAUCAAACGCUGGCAUGGGCUGCAGCUGCGUACCAAAGCUGAAUAA